AUGGAGCAGCCGAAGCUUGCGAAGGUCGAGAAGGUGUUGGGGAGGACUGGCAGUCGCGGCGGGGUUAUCCAAGUGCGCGUCACCUUCAUGGCUGACGAAACCGACCUCGCUGGGCGUUCUUUGAUUCGCAAUGUGAAGGGACCGGUCAGAGAAGGCGACAUCUUGGCGCUUCUGGAAACGGAGCGUGAGGCUCGACGCCUGAGAUAA